UUGUACCCAUUAAAAGUGAGAAAAUAUACGAGUAGUAAGAUUAAAUCAAAUCAGACCUUCAAAUACAAUACCCAUUGAAGCGCACUCCACAUUCUUCACUGAGGUGGCUUCUGAUAUUUAUAUCUUCCAUUGAAGUAGCUUCUGAGGUGCGCUUGAUUUAUUUUGAAAGGAAAUGGAAGAAAAUAGGAUGCAUUCAUGUUCUGAGGGGAAAGAAGUUAUCUUAGCAGAAUUUAUGCAUGGAGGAUGGCAGUCUGAAUUUUAUGUGAUGGACUUGAAAGCAGAGAAAAUUCGAAAAACUCCUAUUGCCACACUGUUGAACGAAAUUGGAUUAGGUAGUGCAGUCCGUUUGGGACCUUUGAUCUAUAAUUUUGGUGGUGAUACCAAAGCAGAUUAUGAUUUUUUCCGUGGCUCAGACCACCACAUCCACCUGGGUGCAUCUGCUUUAUUCUUGACCAAAUCACAUGCACUUUCACUGCUUAAUCAGUGCGACGAUGAGGAUGAGUGUGAUCCUUCUGGAUCAAAGUCCGAGUCCAUUAGAUGGAUGAGUGCCCCUGUCAUGAAGCACCGCCGGAUGGCUCUGUCUUGCGCUUCUCUUGGGGUAAAAUAUAUGCUUUGGGAGGUUCAGAGACAGAGUUGUGUAUCGGCGAGGAGUUUACUCCUGAUGCUGGGGAGUGGAAGCCCUUGCCCCAACCACCUACUGAUCUUCCUGUGGAGCGUUUCUGCGUCUCUUCUCCUGUGAUUCCUGAUGAAAACAAUCAACGUCUUCUCGUGCAUUUCGAUAAUGCUCGUGCUCUUUAUGCUUAUUACCCUGCCACUGAAACAUGGGAUUGCCUUGCUCAUAAUUUCUUUACCUGGUGGCCUGCUAGAGCUUUAGCUGAUGGUGUCCUGUAUUCCCAUACCGGGAAUGGGACUAUGCUGUCGCGUGACUGCAUUACUGCCUAUGAUAUAUUGACCAAGUCAUGGUUGAAAGUUGUGUAUUCUGCUUAUUUUCCUGUCAAUAUUUGUGUCUUUGAGUUCACAGACAUGCUUCAUUUGGGCAAGGAUAUGUUUUGCUUGGCCACUGCCUAGUGCCUACCCCUUUUCUGUGGAAGGUAAGGCUUCCAAAGGUAAGGCUUUCAGAGUUAAGGGCACUACUCCUACUGAGGUGCUUGUCACUCCUGUUGCUGUCAACUGCUUUUCCUUGAAAACGCACAUGGAGCCUAUCCGUUUCUUAGUGCUUUAGGUAAUUCUUACUUAUACCACAUUUUGUUUUAGCUCUAAAGGUUGAUCAAUUAAGUGUUACCAUUCUUUGUAGAGUCUUGUUUUAAUAUGGUUUCAACAAGUAUAAACUACUGUUAGGUGUAGCUCCAUUAGACGCAUGCAAAAUAGUUCCAACCCACUUCACUUAAAAUUUAGCUUCACAGGCUGUGGACUCAAAACCAAACCCGACAUAAUCCAAACCCUUAAAAACAUGAAUGCACAUCUCUAAAUUUAAUGAUGAUUGUGGUAGUAAUAGUGUUACCUGUGAUCAACUUCUUUUGGUUGGAUAUGUAAAAAUACAACCCAUCCUUUUUAUAAUAAAGUAAAUGUUAUUGUAUGCAGGGCUUGGGUUGCUGAAAUAUCUAUAUAUAUCCGAGGGCUGUCGUCUUGGCUGUUCUUUACCUUUGCCUCUGAGCUAUAAUAUGCAUUGCCAUAGUAAUGCAACCCCUGGUUGUUUCUGUAAGCGGCUUAGUUAUCCCUGUUUGAUAUACUAUUAAUUUAUUAUAGUGUAUUUAUUUAAGGACUUCAGAUCUCUGUUUGAUAUACUAUUAAUUAAUUAAUGUGUUUUUAUUUAAAGACUUCAGAGUACACCAAAGCUUAGUUAAUUCUUUUUGCCUCUAUUCUUGUUUCUUUUUAUCCUCUAUUAAUGUUGAAUGGGUUUAUCAUACCAUAGGUUGUAAGUCUUGUAACACCAUAGGUUGUUACUUAUUAGGUACUCCCCUUAUCCCUUUUUUUUGCCUCAUUGUCAAUAUUUGGGCCAAUAUUAAAAACAACAAUAUCAUACGUGCUACUUUAUUCCAAUAUCAACCACAAACUACCAAAUCAUCCUUGUUCUCCAUUUUCACACACAAGAAGAAUCGAUGCACUGUCAUGAACAAGUGAACAACAACACUGCACCACCCAUGGUACUUUUACUAGCCGUUACAAAAAGUGGUAGCUUUGUGGUGGUGAUUUGUGACAGAGUGAAGUUUGGGAGGAGUUUAGGGUUCCCGGCAAUGGUGGAGAAAUUGCAGUGAGUAUGUAGGAUAGCAAGAGGGGGGUAUUCUGAUUUUCAAAUUAAUCCUUAAAAUUUUUAUUUAUGGAAAGCCAAUAAUUAUGAGACAUGUGGCUAAAUGACUUGUUUAACCAGUUUUAUCCGGUCAUAGUUCAAUAGAAGAAGAUGUCUUGUAUAGUUUGGAUUAUUAUAGAGUAACCUUGAGUAAGAGCUUAAUAUUGGAAUUUAGAAGAAUGACCAUAAUUUAAAUUAUUCAUGUGAUUUUUUUUGGAAAAAUUCACAUAAAUAAUCCAAACUAUGAGAGGUCUUCUCAUAUUAAUCCAAACUAUGAGUUAUUAUUGUAUAAUCUAAACUUUAAUUUGAGUCUUCUUUUAUUACUCCAUUAAGACUGAUUACCGAUUAUGCAAGUAAAUAGAAGAUGUAGUGCUCAACUCCCUCCAAAAAUGAUUUACUUCUACAUUAAAAAAAAAAAAAAAACAAAAAACAAUAAAAAAAAAAAAAGAAAAGAAAAGUAAAAACAAAAACAAUUAAUAACCUAUACUUGCCCCACUACCCCACCGUACAAUGUAAAAAACCCCCCAAAAAAUCAAGUUCUUCCAUUUCACAAUUUUUUGUUCAUUCUUCACGCACAACGAAGAACAAAUUUUCAAUUUCAUGGUCUACAAUUAUGCUUUUUAAAGGUUAGUUUGCACUUUCAAUUUUUCCUUUUUUUUUUUUUAAGUUAUUUGUUGAAAUUGAGUUGUAAGUUGCUUAAGGUUGAUUUUAUCUUAUUUUUAAUUUGCAGGGGUUUGUAUUGGUUGAUUACGAGUUACUUUGAUUCGUUUAUUACCUAAAUUUCCAUAUAAUUGAGUUUUAUUUUUUGUUUAAUUUGGUUUGACAAUUAUUGAGUAGAACAUGGACAUUGUGGUGACUUUGAAAAUGUGGUGUACUGUGGUGGUUCAUUCAAGAAGGAUAAUGGGGUAUUGCAAUAUUUUAGGGGUGAAUGCAGGACCUUUGAACUUGACUCUUAUCAAUUAUGUUUGGAGUUUGCUAAAAGUUGUGGUGGGGAAUCAAAAAUUUGAGACAAUCUACUACCUAAUUUCCAGGAUUGAUGGCUUAGAAAAAGGAUUAAGGAGGGUUGAUGGCUUAGAAAAAGGAUUAAGGAGGGUUUACAGUGAUGAUGAAGUCAGGGAGAUGAGUAAGAUAGCUGUGAGGGAUAAAUGUGUGGAGUGCUAUGUAGUAUAUGAGAAAGAUGAGCUUGUAGAAUCAUUAUCUCCGAGAAACAGAGUUAGUAAGGGAAAACCAUGCACCCCUAGAAGAAAUAAAAAUGUGAUUGAAACAAUAUGUGAUACUUUGUUCUCAAAAGAUGACAUAGAGUAAACAAGAUACUUGGUACUUUUUUUUUUAUUUUUCCUUAAUCAACUUAAUUUCAUCAUAUGCUACAUAAUACAACCAAUAUGUUUUUUCAUAAACAAAAUUAAGUUGCGUAAAAAAAAAAAAACACAAAUAGUUGUUUAAAAGUAGUACAUCACAACAAAUAGAAAAUGAAAGUAUUAAUAUACAGCAAGAGCAAAAUCAGUAAGAGUAACUAACAAAUUUUUUCAAAAAACAUAAAAAUAAAAAUAAAAUUAACUAGCAAUUAUAUUAAAAAAAAUAUAAAUAACAUGUUAUAAUAGGUUAAACAAGUAAAUGGAGUAAUAAAAGAAGACUCACAUUAAAGUUUAGAUUAUACAAUAAUAACUCAUAGUUGGGAUUAAUACGAGAAUUGAUGGUUUGCUAUUAAAGGGUAGUUGUACAGUACAAAGAUAUUGCACAAUUCCAUUUA